AAAUUUGAAAGGAAAAAAAAAAAAGAAAGAAGGAAGGAAAGAAAGGCAAAGCCAACGAUACCAUACUUGCAAAAUUCAAAAUCCAUCGUAUAGAGCUCGGGUGAGAGAGCUGGUCAUUGGUGACAAUGGAGCCGUCGAAGGGAGAGACGGAAGCGAAGACGGAGGCUCAGGUGAAGGAUCAGAAUCCGAAGCCACCACAGAGCGCCGAUCCGAAGGCGACGGAUCAGGGACCGAAGGACGGCGAGGAUGCGAGUACCGUGAUCGCCUUGUCUGAGGAAUCUGCGGACCCGGUCGGAAUCGAAACACAGGGAGGUCAAACGGCGGCGCAAGCGCCUACUCGAUCGGCGUCAGGAUCGAGGAAAUCGGUCCACUGGAGCCCCGAGUUGGUGAGCGAGUCUCCGGCGCCGGAUCAUAAGAGCUUUCCGUCAUCUUCCUCCGUUGGAUCUAAUCCGUACGUCGCUCGUUCUCCGGUCGAUACGUCGGCGACCUCAUUCACAGAUACAAUGGAGUCUGUUAAAGGAGUGUUUGGGAGAUGGGGAAGGAAGGUGGGAGAAGCAGCUAAGAAGGCGGAGGACCUGGCCGGGAACACCUGGCAACACUUGAAAACUGCUCCAAGUUUUGCUGAUGCUGCCAUGGGAAGAAUUGCACAGAGUACAAAGGUCCUGGCAGAAGGUGGCUAUGAGAAGAUUUUCCGACAAACCUUUGAGACAGUUCCUGAGGAGCAACUGCUAAAUUCUUUUGCAUGUUACUUGUCUACAUCUGCUGGCCCAGUAAUGGGAACUCUAUAUGUAUCCACUGCCAAGCUCGCAUACUGUAGUGACAAUCCGCUUUCAUAUAAAAGCGGUGGCCAAACGCAAUGGAGCUAUUAUAAGGUUGUCAUUCCUUUGCACCAACUUAAAGCUGUUAAUCCUUCAACUAGCAUGGUGAAUCCUGCAGAAAAGUACAUCCAGGUAAUAUCGGUCGACAACCAUGAGUUCUGGUUCAUGGGCUUUUUAAACUACGAAGGUGCUGCCACAUCUUUGCAAGAUGCGUUGCAAUCUGGUAACUUACAAUCAGUGUGAUACCUUAUGCAUUCUUGAUGCAAUCACAAUAUUUAGUUGUCACCCCUUCUUGCUUAGUUGGAAUUUCCUGAGACUAUGCAAGCACCACUUUCCUAUAUAUUUCCCAUUUUAUAUUGUUAUAGGAACUAGUUGGGAUUUUAGGGAUUUUUUGCCAUUUGAUCAUUUUAUGAGAGAGAACAGCUAAGCGGCAACUCAUUAUAUCCCAGUCUCCAUGGUUGUAAGAGAAGAUCUUUUAUCCAUUUUUUCCUUGAAAGUGUAGUUGUUACUCAUAAAGUGUCAUUGCAAAAUGUGACGUGCGUAAUUUUAUUUCAAA